AUGGAAUUGGGUCCUGGUCCGGAAGACCUUGUAGAUCUGUCGCGUUGCCGAGGCAACCCGUGGUAUGCCAAUAUUCGCAUCAACGAGGAUGUGCUCGAUCUGUGCCAUGUACAUGAAUACCACCCGCACCUUCAGACUGUUUCCGUAGUAGCUGAGGAGUCGCCUAAUCGCUACAGCUCCGUCGUGGUUGCGGGGAACGGCAGGCAAGUAAUCGAUUUCAUUCGCCGCCAUGUGGGCCACGUCUACAUUCUAUCGCUCCUUGACGUUGCAAUCAUCUCAGGGGAUUUGCCCAAAGCCAGUGCUCUCUGCAGUAUCGGUGUGCAACAGCGAUGCGAGUUCUCUGCUUACCUUUUUUUCAACCCUCUGACUGGAGUCGCCGAUAGCAGGACUGCGAGGGCACUGGCCACAGCAGAAGCGGUGUGUGGACCUUUGUACAACAGGUUGCGAGCAAGCCCAGAGGUGCUACGCCGUGCCCUAACUGGCAAGGUGGACUCUGUUCCAGCUAUGCUAAUGGAGUCUGGGAUAAGUGUACCUCUCGAUUUGGGAAACGAUAUGUUUGCCAUGCGCAAGGUGGGAAUGCGAAACCAUUGGCACUUUCAUUUGAGGAUGGACUGCCUCCAGCGCCUUUUAGCUGCCGGUGUUGACCCUCGCCCAAUUGUCGUCAACCCUAUUCUUGCCUUGUGCCGUGCGGUCGAGCAGUACAAAUGUCUUGAAAUCCGGGCUUUCAUCAGGGGAAUCCUUGAAGACUUGGAGUAUGCCAUAGAAAGCGGGAGACUGACAUUCAGAAACGGGCGGACUUUGCUCGAAAUGUCCAUCCGCUGUGGACAGUUCGAUGCAACCAGGCUUCUGAUUCGCGCGGGCUGCGACGCCAGUUCGCUGUUGGCAAGUGAGUUGGAAGGACCCUUGUUUCGCAACAUACGGGAUGAGGAGAGAAAAUACCCCUGGCGCUACACCGGCGAUUGUUACGAUGUGACCAUCAACGGCGAUGUUGCAUCUGCAGAAGUGGCACGCGUGGCCUACCACCUUUGCAGGCAUCGGCAUCAAGUGGUUCUUGUUCAACUGACAGGUUGGUGGUCUCGCCACGGUGCAGGUGUGCAUGUUCUCUGGAGCAGGGUGAUUGAUCACAUUGCUUCCUUUGCUCUUGCGGUGCCUCCCCUGCCUGAGAUUAUGAACCUCCCCCGCCCCAUGGGAACACGCAACGCAGCCCGGCGUGCGGCCCGCCGUCGAGCCAAACUUGGCUACGGCGCCCUCAACGAAGGAGCUCCCGACUUCAAGCAUCCAGCUUCUGAGUCCUCUGACAAUGCGGUGCAGAAAGUCAUCGAAGAGGUCAUGCACGAUCCCAUGGAACAGCCGGCCACGAUUUCGGAGGGUGAGGCGAGUGCCACUUCGAGGGCUUUGUGGGAGGCUGCUGUGGAGAUGCGAGCCACGGAAACGAGGACAGAUGUCACGUUCAGCCUCGAGGAGGGGGAGUCUGCUUCGACAGCACGUGAGGAAGUCUACCUUGCCAAACUCAACCGGAUACCGAAGCAGCUCCGCAGUGCCUUCGCCGAUGGUCCAGCUCUUCGCCCCUGCCGCGACGCGCUCCAGGCGGAGGGACUCAGUUGGAAACUGAGCAGCGGCGCCAUGAUCUUCGUGAGCCCUUGGCAAUACACGGCGGCCAUCAUCGCUCUCAGCGAUCUUGAGUUGCACCCGGACCACCUGGUUUUCUCCCGUUCCAUGGAGUACUUGGUGGAGGAGGUGCUCCAGCAGCAUUCCACCUGGGUCAAAGAUCGAAGCGUCCUCGACAUCCAGGAAUUUCAGGCAACUUCCCGGCUUCACAAUUCUCAGCACCAGGAGGAGGAGAGCGAUAAGCCACGGGCCGAUCCAGGUGCCGGAGACAUCCCCUCCUGGCAACCCUUCAUGUUUGUAGAGAAGACCUUCGUUUGCCUGGCUCCUAUGAGAAGCACCGCACUCACCACGGCUUCCAGCACGGAUGUCCACCGGGAUGCCAACCCGCGACGCAGUGCAAUCCCGGAAUUCGAUUGA